AUGGUCGGCAAGAUCGUGGAGACCUUGCGCGCGCUCAAGCCGCACGCGCCCGAGAAGGUGCUGGCGGCGCUGCCCAGGCUGGCGCAGCACAUGGAGAAGGCCCUGUACAAGCUGACCAAGAACGAGGCCGACUACUGCGACCCAUCGACCCUGAGGCUGCGCAUUGCCCGCAUCCAGGAGAGCAACACCAAGCGGCUGCUCGCGCAGCAGCAGCAGACGCCCGAGCAGAGCAACAACGCGAACGGAGCUGCGCCACCGCUCAAGCCGCUGACGGAGGAGCAGGCCGCCAUUGUCUUCCAGCACCUUCAGUCGUGGCGUCAGAAGCUGGUGAACAUGUACGGCGUCGCGCCCUGGGACAUCCUGCCCAACCCGACGCUGGCCAAGGUGGCUCUGUACAUGCCUUCCACUGAACAGGAGCUCGCAGCGUGUGGCGUAGGGAACGAGCAGAUAGCGCGCUUCGGCUCCUCUCUGGUGCAGGAGCUCCAGCGUCUUCGUGGGCCAGUUCCCGCGAGCACCAAGCCAGCGAACCGACCGAUCAAGGCCAAGCAACCUCGCAAGCCCAGCCCCGCCAAGCGUGGACCUUCCGAGCCGCUGGCUGCCAGCAACAAGAAGCGGAAGAACGGGGAAGCCGCGCGUCUGGCGCCGGCAGCGCCAAACUUUAACGGCGCGUCGCUCAUGACGCAAGCGCCACUUCUGCCGGCUGUGGACUCGCUUCCGACGCUGCUCCCGACGGUCUCAAUGAUGCCCGGAGGUCCGUUCUUCGCGCGGCUUCAGCCCCAGCAGCAGCAGCAGCAGCCUCCGCAACAGGGAUCCCCCUCUCCGGCGGCGCAGGAGAGCCACAUGCACCUGCUAGCGCAGGGCGCCGGUCAGGUGAGCAAGCAGCAGAGUGGCAAGAGUCCGGAGGCGUACGAGCAGGAGCUGCAGUCGCUGCGGUGGAUGCUGCACCAGUCGCAGGAGGAGAGGUCUCGCCUGGAGGCCGAGGUCCAGCAUCUGCGCGCCCAGCUGCAGGGCGUCAACGGCAGCAAGUAA